GAGUUAAACAAUACAGCGUUAUCGCUACUCUAUCUGCGGUGUCGAAGCGGACUUUGAGAACUUCUGAACCCUGCUUGAGAGUUGAGCGACACUUACACGAAAGCUUAAGAACCGUCAUUUUACACUACCUUCCGCUUCGGGCGUUCUCCUGGAUCAAUACUCAACCAGAAGAAAUGUGCAAUAUUUUUACAUUAUUUGGUUUAUUGUGCAUCUCAUCGAUUCAUAUAGUGUCCGGUCAAGUAUGUCCAUACGGGUGGAUUGACAGGCCUCGGGGAGACAGCUGCUACAAGAUCGUAAUCAACAACAUUCGUCAUACAUUUACGGGUGCCCGGAGUCAAUGUCAGGCUCUGCAGUCCAACAUGUACAAACUGGACACUGUGCAAGAACGGGACUGGUUGAUGAAGACAUUGCGAAACGCAUCGAGUGUUUUUCCGGAUGUGGCUGACUGGUGGAGCGGGGUGUACAACAGGGGAGACGGAAAGGGGUGGUUGUGGGCGGCGGACGACACCCCCAUAGACAAUUCACUCAUACAGUGGCAGGGAGGGACGGUUCCACCUAACGACGGCAGCAAACAUUGUGCCACCGUCAACAUCCAGGGUUACAACUCCUCCAGCUGUUCGUCGUGGCUUCGAAUAAUUUGUGAGCGACAGAAGAGUCAUCCCUUGGUAUGUAACGCAGAUGACGGUUGGGAGUACAACAACGGCAGCUGCUAUAAACUCAUCCCCGAGAAGAGAACGUGGUCUGAUGCAAGUACCCUCUGCCAGUCAUACAGCGCCCGACUGAGCAAGAUUGAUGGGGAUAACUCCCAGGGCUUCCUGUCGGACAUGGCGAAGGAGAAAGGGAUGGAUUUAUGGAUAGGCCUGAGAACAACCCCGAAGGAGAACGGGGUCACGUGGAACUGGGAUGGUGGGGCCCCUCUUGCCUCCUCCCCCACCUACUGGGCAAAGGAUAACCCCGGGACCAUAGCAAAUAAUGACCGAAACUCUACCUGUGUGGAGCUGGACAAAGUGAGACGGAGGAAACUGUCGUGGGUGGCAGUUAACUGUGACGAACUAAAGAACUAUGUCUGUCAGAAGCCCCAAGGUGUAUGUCAGGACGGGUGGCUACAACAUCAAGACUACUGUUUUGCCUUCAACCCCCUGUACAGUUUGACCUGGGCAAGUGCUAAGAAAUUCUGCAGUGAUCAGGGGGCAUCUCUCCUCAGUCUUAAAAGCGCUUCUGACCAAACCUUUAUACAGUUGUACCUCAAAGAACAAGUCGUCGCUGGAAUCGACAGUAUCUGGAUCGGCGCAAGCGAUAACGGUAAAUCCGGAGCAUUCCAAUGGGUAGACGGGACGACUAUUGCAGGGUACACACAAUGGGCCCCCCAAAACCCCGUCAACAAAGCAGGCGCCCAGGACUGCGGUUACAUCGACACAAGAGACACAACUGGCUCAUGGCAAUCCUCGAGUGACUGCACACAGCUGAAGUCGUUCGUGUGUAUGAUUUCAGUGAACAAGCCUGUGUUACAAAUCACUACUCCCAAACCUACGUUUGUUUGUGAAAACGGCUGGAAUGAAUACGGCGGUAGCUGCUUCUACUUCAACAACAGUGAUUCGACGUGGAUAGAGGCGAGCGACACGUGUGUGGCCGAGAUGGCACACCUAGUGGUCAUCCCCGACGGUGGAACUGAUGCCUUUCUCAGCGGUCACGUUUCGGGUGCGGACUACUGGAUUGGUCUUCAGGAUAGAACCAAAGAAGGUGGCUGGGCAUGGAUUGAUGGUAAAACACCAUUUACCUACACACACUGGAACACGAAUGAACCUAACAACCUUGGCAACGAGAAUUGUGCUGCCAUUCUUGGUAACUGGGCAAAGGACCAGAACGGCAAGUGGAAUGACUAUUCCUGCAGCAAGAAGUAUAGCUUCAUCUGCCAGAAGGCUGCUACAAGCACUGUAAAUGAUCCCAAUCGGUCCACUCCGGCACCAACGCCUAAACCGGUAUUCAGCAAGAAGUGCGGUGCAUACUGGGAAGAGUCCUCGGUCUCUGACUAUUGUUAUCAGUUCAACACCCAACUGCUGUCGUGGAUGGACGCCCGAGAUAUGUGCAUGCAUCGUGGUGGUCAGCUAGCAAGCAUCACCAGCAUAACGGAACAAUUCUACAUAGCAGGUCGCAUCAAACGCAUGUCCAUAAUAGGACUGUGGAUCGGCGCUAACGACCGUGACAGCGAAGGAGGUUGGAACUGGGAUGAUGGAGCCCCUUUCGCCUACAUGAACUGGGUGCCAGGCGAGCCUAAUGAUUACGGCAACAGCGAAGACUGUGGAUUCGUGGUUGUCUCCAAUGCCAGAUGGAACGACUAUGACUGUCAAAGAAGAAAUGGCUACAUUUGUAAGAAAUUAGGAAAUGUUCAGGCCACCACUGUACAGCCUACGACCUCACCGAUGACUCUGCCAGCUGGCAAGUAUUACGGGUGUCAGCCGGGGUGGAAGCCCUACCUCAACUCGUGUUACCUUGUGGUCAAGGCGGAAGUGACGUGGCAGGCAUCACGGACCGCCUGUCGAGCAGCUGGAGGAGAUUUGACCAGUGUAGCAAGUAAAACAGAAAACCAGUUCAUCAACAGCCAGAUUCAGAAAGAGAAAUGCGUGAAUGCGUAUUCCAACAACACCAAGUGCGAGGUAUGGGCUGAGAGUGGGGAGUGUCAGAAAAAUCCAAUAUGGAUGGCGGCCAACUGCAAAGACGCAUGCGCACUGUGUGAGUUUGUGUGCGCUGAUCGACACACUCUUGCUGAGUGCGCAGCAUGGGCGGACAUGGGCGAGUGCAGGAAGAACCCUGACUGGAUGCACGUGCACUGCGCAUUGUCGUGUGGCCGCUGUGACCUGGGUUUCAAUGAUGGAGUGUGGAUUGGGUUCAACGCCCUCAAGAACGCAAACUCUUUUGUAUGGACCAACGGUGACCCAAACAAAUACACCAACUGGGCCCGGAACGAGCCCAACAAUUACCAGGGACAUCAAGAAAACUGUGUUCUCCUGUAUAGUAAUGGUGCUCAGUGGAACGACGAUGCCUGUGACGCGAACCAUGGCUAUGUGUGUAAAGCUCCGAAACAGGUGACGGCCGUCACCCAGCAGUCGCCAUUUACUGUGGGCUGUACAAAUGUCAAGAACAGCGAGGGAUAUCAGCACUACUGCUACCAGUUCAACAAUGUCCCGUUAGCGUGGCAAGCAGCAGAGAACAUGUGCAAAACACGUGGAGGUCAUCUAGCAACAAUCAACUCCUAUGACGUCCAGUCAUUCGUUGCGUCCUUGCUGACCACCCGUGAUGACGUGUACUGGAUCGGCCUCACCGACGUCCCCCAGCCCGGCAACUACAGCUGGACCACUGGGGACAAACUGCUAAACACGCCAUGGGACAAGAGUCAUAACGGUUCUGAAAGAUCAACGUGUGUGGCCAUGAGGACCACUCAGCCAACUGGCCUAUGGCAGAACCUGAAGUGCGACAUCAUCAAACCCUACAUCUGUCAGCUCCCACGGCAGGGGUUCACCCCACCGCCGACAACCCUUGCCCCCACGACCUCUGUCCCGCUCCCGUGCGCUUCAGGAUGGAGUGGGUUUCAGUCCUACUGCUACAAGUUUAACAGAUGGUACUACAACGCCAACUUUUGGGUGGGUCUUAGUGACAGAUCCAAGGAAAACAGUUUCGUGUGGACUGACGGCACCCCCUUUGACUACGCGAACUGGUACCUCGGCGAACCCAACAACUCCGGCAACAACGAAGACUGUGUGGAGUUCAACCAGUUCACCAAGCAAUGGAACGACAACAGCUGCUUUAUUGCCAAAGACUUCAUCUGUGAAAUCCCUCGCGGUACCACCGUCCCAACAACGACGAUACAGACAACCACGCCAAUGGUUGCGUGUGCGGGUCCCGACAGCGGCUGGGAAUACCACAAUGGCAGCUGUUACUUCAUCUCGCCGGCGUGGGGCGCAGACGCUAAAAAGACGUGGUAUGAAGCCCGCAGAUACUGCAACAGUAAGGGUGGAGACCUCGCCAGCAUCCACGACAUGGACGUCAACAACUUCCUUACCUCACUGAUAACAAAGCGGUCGAACGGCAUUUACUGGAUUGGCCUGAACCAGCUGGGAGGAGACAACUAUGCCUGGACGGACGGAUCACCGUCCAACUUUGUGAAAUGGAAGCCAGGCGAGCCGAAUGAUGCGUUCGGUGGUCAGCUUUGCGUGGACAUAUACGGAGGGGCUACCGCAGGACCAGGGUUGUGGAACGACGACAACUGCAUGGACAGCAACGGCUACAUCUGCAAGAAAUUCAACGGCACCACAUCCACGGCAACACCGUCCCCAACCCCGACUCUAGUGGGAGGAUGUCCAGCUGGGUUCUCACCUGUCGACAACAAGUGCUUCAGUAUUGGUGGACGUACUACCGUUGACCAGAAAAAUUGGACCGAGGCACGUGACCAGUGUCGUAAAGUUGGAAAAAAUUUCGACAUUGCCAGUAUUAACAGUUAUAUCGAACAAGCAUUCCUAUUGAUGCUGAUAAAACAAACUGGAAUAUCCGAUUCCAUAUGGAUUGGGCUGAACGACCAAAGCACCAACGGCCAUUAUGUUUGGCAGGACAACUCGGAAGUGACGUAUACCAACUGGAACAAAGGGGAACCCAGCGACCGCUACACAUACAGUCAUUACAACAGGGAGGACUGUGUGGUUGUGUUGACCGAUUCUGCAGCAGUACUUGGCCGCUGGAAUGACGAAAAGUGUAGCGAGAAGAAGGGAUUCGUCUGUCAAACUUACAAAAGUACCGCCUAUACCACCUCUGCGCCCUCACAGACAACCUGCAAACCUGGAUACCAGCACUUCGGCACGAGCUGUUACCGUGUUGUGACGUCAGCCGCAGCGUGGCAGGCAGCGCAGACGACAUGUCAGACCGAUCAAGGAAACCUCGUGUCCAUCACCGACUUGUACGAACAGUCCUUUGUUGACACCAUCGCUCACGUCAACAAUGUCGCGGGUGGCUUCUGGAUUGGUCUUUCUGAUAAAAAGACCCCAGGCAUCUACGGGUGGUAUGACGGUUGGCCUGUCCUGUUUACCAGAUGGGGUAAGGAUGAGCCGACUCGGAACACCAACGAGGGGUGUGUGGCUCAACAAGGCCUGACGUGGAAUGACACUCUGUGUGCCCGAAGUCUCCCUUUCAUCUGCGAAAUAAGUUCAACGACACCACCACCGACCUCACCCGUUCCCCCAGGCUUCUGUCCAGACAAAACGUGGACUGCGCAUGGCGACUUCUGCUACUUUGCUGCCCCUACCGAGCGGAAGUCGUGGCCGGAGGCCAACUAUCUCUGUCACGAGAUGGGGAUGGAGCUUAUCAGUGUACACAGCCAGGAGGAACUGGACUUUGUCAAAACCCUGCUUGAAGCAAGCCAGUCGACGUCCUCAAAAUUCUCCUUCAGCCUCUUCAAUAGACCCAAUGUUUGGAUUGGCCUUCAAAAAUCACGAAACGGAGGGUUUGGGUGGAGCGACGGGACGCCAGUCAAUUUCUUCAAGUGGGCGUCCGGGGAACCCUCCGACGUGAACGGGACGAACAAGGAGAACUGCGUGGAAUACUACCGCACCACCUACGCCUGGAACGACGUCACCUGCUUCACCGACAGGUCGUAUAUUUGCAAAACCAAGAAAACUGUUCCUUCAACAACUACACUUUCAACCACUACGACAACAACUACUACGACCACACCAUCAACUACAAAGCAAGUUACAUACAGACCCAAAUUUAACCCUAGUACUUCAACAACCCGGACCAUACCUCCCAGGGUACCCCAACAUGAGAAGCUCCACUCAGGCGCUGACCAGGGGCUCUCGGCCGGUCAGAUAGCUGGCAUAUUGAUCGGAGUGAGCAGUUUCCUCAUCAUCAUCAUAGUCAUCAUAGUUGUCUGGCGGCGUCGACAUGCUCCCCCGCCCUCCUCACCGCCGUCUGGUUUUGACAACGCCCUAUUCAGCAAGGAUACAGAAAAUGUGUCUAUGUCUAACGGCACCAACAAGAACAGUGUGUAUGUGAGUGGGGUACCGUCGGAAGAAUGCUGACAGGGACGGCGGACACUUCGUUGUUUAAAGUAUACGACAUCGAGGUGGUUGGAAAAUAUUUCAGUAAGCAGGGAUAGGUAGGUUCGAAAGGUUUGACAAGAGACAUUUAAUCGUCAUUACGUCCAUUCCUCUUUAUGUUGCCACGGAGAUGUAUUAUCUACCAACCACCGCAUCUCUACAGUUAAUUCUGUAUUUUGUUUGAGACCCACGAGGUACAAGGUUAGAUAGGACGGGUUUGUUGGUGAUCAUUUUACGAACGCUUCCGAUGGACACGAUGUCGGACAAGGGCGUUCAUUUUCCAAAACCAAACGUACUAGCAUGUGAGUGUAUGACUGAUUACUUCUCUACGCUGUUUUAGCAAUAUUACGGUAAUAUCACGGCGUGGGAAAUAUCGGCAAUAUUACGGUAAUAUCACGGCGUGGGAAAUAUCGGCAAUAUUACGGUAAUAUCACGGCGUGGGAAAUAUCGGGAUUUACACAUCGUACUGAAUAUUGAAUUAAACCCGGUGUGAUGGGAGAGCGUUUUAAUCACUUGACUACACACCUGCCUGAAAUAUGAACUUGACAGACAUUAUACUGAAGGCAAGAGUAAAGUUAUCUGGACCUAUUAUGAAGGAUGUUUUUUAGAAAACUAGUUUUAAAAUAAUACAUGCUGCAAAGGCGCCAUGAUACCUUUUAGGAUGAGAUGAAGUUAAAUAAGGGGAAGGGGAUUGAAAAAACGGUAAAAAUAAGAAAGAUCGCCUUCCCCUUGUCAGUAUAAAUUAACAGGGUCAUUGCUGUUUACAUUUAUUUGUCUAUUUACAGACAACUUACCUGGCACAACUGACUGCCUUUGUGCAGUUAUCAGUCAUAUCGUCAUAGCUUCAUAGCGUCAUACCAUGCUAUCUUCUCAUGCAUUUUGAACUAGAUAUGACUGUCAAUCAGCAAACAGGAAAAUUGUGAAAACGAUUAAGUGAGAAUUGUAUAACAUCGCGUGUUUGCGGAAAGGAGACUGCGUUUUGAAAAUAUUUAUCACUAUGGAACAAAUUUCUCAAAACCUAAAGGUGUACCUUGAGGGAAGUCACCACCUUCCUUUUGUAUUUCAGUCAUAUCUUCAUGAAAUCGUCACAAUCUCUUUAAAUGUCAGUUGUACUCACAAACUCAUGGGGUUCUCCUUGCAUAGAUCAUUUAGUAGUGAUAGAGUAAGAGUGAGUUGAUCCAAAUUCUUCAUCCUAAACCAAGAAUAUAUGUGUUUGUCACAGAGAAGCGUGCCACCCAGGCGCUCAGCUUGUUACACUCUGAUGCUUAUACGAUUCCCAAUCGUGUAGUACCGAUCAGUUGGUAUUGGUUGGGAUUUGGUCUAUUGCUAGGUGUGCAGGUACUGUUCCUCCUUUCAAUAACAUAUUAUAUAUAUAUAUGGAAAUAAAGUGUAUGUCUUAAAGCUGUAGCCGAAUUACUCGCAGACAACCAAUCAAUACGUUUUAUAUAUUUAAUGGAACUGUUUGCAAUCGCUCACAUUUUGAAUAAAAAAUAGUUUCAAUAGAGAUGUGUAACAUGCUGCUAAAAAUCCUUACGGACCAUCCGGUUCUUUCGUGUAAGUAAAGUUAACCUGAUAUGACUGUCUCGAACUUCGAAUGUUGUUAUAGUGUAUACACGAAGGGUCGGACUGGGAAGCAUGCGUUUUCAUAUUACUCUUCGUACAAAAUUUAGUGAGAGAAAUAAUCAUAGACCCUAAUUAAUAUAUCAUUUUACAUCAGCACCAAUCGCAUGUGUCAUACACUGUGCAUAUAUCUAAAACGUUUUGUUAGAUUUGGGUGAAUGAAAGAUCAUGGUAAAAGCGAAAGUGUAAAUACCGAAUGAAUGUGAACAUCUCCCGAUGCCUUCCCAGAAGCACCACAUGAAAAUACCCGUCUGCAUUUGUGUAUGAAGUGACGUGCACAAUUGAAUUUUUAAGGAAUAAGAUUUGGAGUUCUAGCAGAAUUUGUAUGAAACGAGUAACACGAAUUUGAGUUUGCACAUGUAUGGGAAGCCUCGCGUAAGGGGGAUAACUCUUGCUAACCACAAGAUUCAUUGUCCAAUAAUUCCACUGUAGAUACAGAAAGGUGACUAUUUUUAGCAUUAUGGAUGUUUAGUUCGGAGCUUUAGUAUUUCUUCACAUUGUACAUAGCAUUCAGUUUACUAUCUGCAUUCUUCUUCAUGUACAUUUAUUUCCUGGAGCAUUUGUAUGUUACCCUCUUAUUAAAGACAUGGAUUUUUUU